GAACAAGCGAUACGUUGAAUUUUAACAGUAGGAAAUAUUAAUUUUAAAGAAGAGAAGACGAAAUAAAAGGAAGAACAAUGUUGGAAAAAGCAUUUAAAGUUUAGAUGCAGAGAAUAUUACGAAGACCUUGUAGUAAAAUAGAAAUAUCGUUUGUUAUCGAAGUAAUAACUCGGCAUGAUCAUGUUCCAUUGGAUCUUAUUCAAGAUGCAAUGGGUGUUAUGGGUCCUUGGCAUAUUGUUAUUGCUAUAGCACUUUCUCUUGUCAAAUUCCCAGUUGCUUGGCAUCAACUCUCGAUAGUAUUUUUAGCACCUCCGACAAAUUUUUCCUGUAUCUCACCAGAAUCUUCAACUAAUGGAUCUAUGAUUAUGAAAUGUUAUGUUGAUACUGGUAAUGGGACCAUGGAAAAAUGUACUGGCUUUAAAUAUGAUAAAAGAAUAUUUCGAGAAAGUAUUAUAACGGAGUGGGAUUUAGUUUGUGAUAAAGAACAAUUAACAAAUGUUGUACAAUCGUGCACAAUGUUUGGUGUUCUUGUGGGUAAUUUCUUAUUCAGUUCGAUGGCCGAUAGGAUCGGACGUAAAAAACCUUUGAUGAUAGCGAUAGCUUUGCAAUCGAUAACAGGCGUUAUAAGCGCAUAUGCCGUAUGGUAUGAAUUAUUUCUUCUAUUUAAAUUUAUUUCUGCAAUAGCUACGGGUGGAACGAUGUUAGUUAGUUUCGUUUUACUAAUGGAAAUUGUAGGGAUAGAAUGGCGAUCGCCGAUGUCCGUUUUGUUUCAUGUACCGUUUAUAAUUGGUCAUAUAACAACUCCUCUUGUUUCUUAUUUAACACAUACAUGGCAAAAGUUUCAAAUGGCUAUUUCCAUACCGGCGAUUUUUUUAUUGUCCUACUAUUGGAUAAUCCCAGAAUCACCUAGAUGGUUACUUGCUAUCGGUAGAUCAGCAGAGGCCGAGAUUAUUUUAAUGAAAGCUGCCAGACGGAAUAAGAUUCCAUUAGAAAAUGUAAAUAGAGCCCUCGAAUCGCACGAAAGUCAAAGAUUGAUUCGGAAAACAAAUAAUACGAAUUACAAUGUCACACAUUUGUUUAAAACACCUAAUAUGAGAUUAAAAAGUAUUUGUAUAUUUAUUAAUUGGUUCUUUUGUGGCACUUGCUUCUUUGGAUUGGCACAAUACAUGGGUCAUAUUGAUGGAAAUAUAUUUAUAAAUGUCGCUGUGUCAAGUGCUCUUGAAUUACCAGGAACUAUUAUAGUUCUCUCGUUGAUAUCAAGAGUUUCUCGUUUAAAAAUAUUGAUGGGAGGCAAUUUUUUGUCUGGCUUGAGUUUACUUUUAACUAUAAUAAUAAAUCAUCCUACUGCACAACUUUGUUUAGCAAGUAUUGGAAUUGCUGGAACAGCUAUUAGUUUUCCAACCAUAUACUUAUAUAGUAGUGAAAUAUUUCCUACUGUUGUUAGAAACAACGGAAUUGGUGUAGGUAGUGUUUGCGCAAGAUUGGGAAGUAUAAUUGCACCAUAUAUUGCUACUGUGAAUAAAAUUCAACCUUGGUUGCCCCCUGUUAUAUUUGGAACAGGACAAUUAAUCGGAGCUGGUCUCUGUUUGUUAUUACCAGAAACAAUGAAUUGUGAAUUACCUGAGACCAUUGAGGAUGGUGAAAAUUUUGGAAAGAAAAUAUCUACACAAAGUACGUCUUGAAAAUAUUGCAAUACUUGAAAACUCGAUUAUAUAAUAAAAUAUGAAUAUAUUCAUGACGAAUAUUUUAAAAAAUAGAAUAGUUCUGUUAGAAAAAUAUUUAUACAAAAAUAUUUAUAUUCAUGUAUAUUUAAAAUAUAUUUGUUAAUAUUUCUUACUCUAUAAAAUGGUAUAUAAUUUUACUAGCAACAUUUCAGACAAUAUAGUUACAUUUAAAGAUUUUAUUUUUAAGCAUUUAAAAAUAAUCAUGUUUUUUAUUUAGCACCUGAGUUCUAUUAUCUUAUUAGAAAAAUGUAUAUUUAUACUAAAUUGUCAUAUAUGAUGUUUUUUUAUAGAUUACAUCAUUGUGUAUGUAAUUUACAAUAUUUUUUUUAUAAAUGACAUGAUAUUUGAUGCUAC